UCCCGAAAAAAAUUUUAAGCAAAUAAUAUAAUCCCCAUUUUCAAUUUUCUGUUAACCCAUUUUGUUCCUCUCUGCCAAAACUUUAUCUUCAACAAAACUCACCUCUCUCUCUCUCUGCUACUGUCUCAACCUUUUGAAACUAUUUCUUUCGGAGAGAGAUAAAGGAAGCCAUGGAAAGGCUUCUAUAUUCGUCUUCUCCAACCGCUUUGAAAAUCUCUCCAAGGCCCUCUCCUUUUCUCUCUCGACUUGGCCGAUUCGACUCUCCUAAAGUCAACUUCCUUCCUUCGCUCACUCAACCGCAGCUCAGGCGAGUCAUCUCAAUUUCAUGCAAGACCGAUAACCCAUCUCAGUUUUCUUCUCCUCAAUCGAAUCCAAGCAAUGAAUUGCCUUCACUCCUUUCUCCCCGACUCGACUCUGCAAAUGGGUCAACACCCAGUUUCAAUUUUCUCAAGCUUAUUGCAAUUGGAGCUUCUGCACAAAGAAAGGCAAUUACAGCUGGGACAUUUAUAGCUCUCUCUGCCAUUGUCAUGUUCUUAAUCCAACCAAUUUUUGCACCAGCAGCUUUUGCAACCUUACAAACUGCUGCUAAAACCAGUGGAACUGCAGCUGCUGCAGUUGGUGGCAGAGUAAUGCGUGGGGAAUUACUAAGUAGCGCAUGGACUGGUUUCUUUGCUGGUUGCUUACACACCUUGUCAGGGCCUGACCACCUUGCUGCUUUGGCUCCACUAUCAAUUGGUCGUACUCGAAUGGAAAGUGCUGUUGUUGGAGCUCUUUGGGGCUGUGGCCAUGAUGCUGGUCAGGUUAUCUUUGGCUUACUAUUCCUGCUACUAAAGGACCGCCUCCACAUUGAAGUUAUCCGAACUUGGGGUACAAGAGUGGUGGGCUUAACAUUACUUGCUAUUGGGGCUAUGGGUAUAAGGGAAGCUUCAGAAGUUCCUGCCCCUUGUGUUGCCUUGGAAAAUGUUGAGUGUGAUGUUAGCGUGUAUGAGACACUUGAAAACCCAGCGGUCGGGAAAAAGAAGCUUGGCUUUGCUACUUUUGCCACAGGGAUCAUUCAUGGGUUGCAGCCAGAUGCACUAAUGAUGGUUUUGCCAGCACUUGCUUUGCCAUCUCGCUUGGCUGGUGCUGCAUUCCUUAUUAUGUUCUUGCUUGGAACUGUAGUUGCAAUGGGAUGCUAUACAGUAUUUAUAGGCUCAUGCAGUCAAGCAUUAAAGGAUAGGGUGCCCAGAAUUACUGAAAAACUUACUUGGGCUUCUUCCCUUGUAGCAAUUGCUCUUGGAAUUGCCAUUCUCGUAAGCCAAUUUUUUGGAUAUAGUCUCUAUUGAUCCAUCUGACCCAGCAUCAAGAUAUGCACUCGAGCUUCCUUUAUCAUUAGUGAUGAUGUUAGAAAGGAUAUUCAGAUUUGUUUACAGCAAAAUUUCAUCUGCGCAGUAUCUUUGUCUCAAUGAGAAUUCAUUAUCUUUACCUUAUUUUGUU